ACCUCAAAUGGGACAAACCAAACGCCGAAUGCUUGUCUGCUCUGCGAGACAAGCGAUUUGCCAUCAAGUGCGCCCAUGCGGCCGAAAUAUCUCUUUGGGAAUUGCAUUAGGCUACUGUACACUAGGGGCGGAUUUUGACCUCGCAACUCUCAAAACAUCACUAAUCUGCGGAUGACAUUCAGGCAUAGACCGCUGCUGGAUUUAUUUCCCGAAAUGAAUUCCGCUGUUGAACCGAAAACGUCAAGACACCAAGAAAAUUGUCAGGUUAGAAUAAGACAAGAGCUAAAAAGUAUUCGGGUAUGACGGUUAAAAUGCGGGUUGGCAUUGUAUCACUGCACUAGCGUAGCAAUUUAUUGUAGCUAUGCGGGCCUUAAUACUGCAUUUGCCCACAGAUUCCAUCCACCAGUACUACCUGACAUUAUCCAGGAGCGUGUCUGUGUAGUCUAUUGCAGUCAUUUUUGCUUAUAGGAUUUUUACAGGACAAAACUUGUGGGAAUCUAAUGUUGACAACUAAACUGCUUUGGGAGAUCUAUUAUAUCGGCCUAAUAUUAUCGACGCGAUACGACUUGGUCCCAUUGUCAUUCAAUGUACAAUAGUGCUAUUCCAAAGCUUCCCUAUGGAUGAGCCUGGGAAUGACUUCAAUGGAUCUCUUUGGAAGUGCAAGGCAGGGAUGUAAUGGAUUGGUCCCAUGGCCUGCCAGCUCCCUCUUCCCAGUAUGUCCAGCUGUGGCAAACCUCCCCCACUCUCCGGAGAAGGGGCAGGCUCUAACUCUCUGGCAUGGGUCAAACUCUUCAAAAAGCCUGGAGGUGUUGGUGGUGGUGGGGGUCUGGGGAAGUCCUAUCAGCCUGGGAGCAUGUUGUCUCUGGCUCUCACCAAAGGCCUGCUGAACGAACCAGGCCAGAAUAGCUGCUUCCUCAACAGUGCCGUACAGGUGCUAUGGCAGUUGGACAUUUUCAGGAGGAGUUUGAGACAGCUUCCUGGUCAUUUUUGUCUAGGGGAUGCCUGCAUUUUCUGCGCUUUAAAGAGUAUUUUCAGCCAGUUCCAGGAGAGCCGAGAGCGAGCGUUGCCUUCAGAUAGCCUGCGCCACGCCCUUGCUGAAACCUUUAAGGACGAGCAACGCUUCCAACUAGGCCACAUGGACGACGCUGCAGAGUGCUUUGAGAACAUUCUGGAGAGAAUUCACCUGCACAUAGUUUCUGACACAGCGACUGAGGCCUGCACAUCCAAGUCCUGCAUUACCCACCAGAAGUUUGCCAUGACACUUUAUGAACAGUUUGUAUGUCGUAGUUGUGGCGCCUCCUCGGACCCCCUUCCUUUCACAGAGCUAGUGCAUUAUGUCUCCACCACAGCCCUAUGCCAACAGGUGGGCCACGUCCUGGGGAAGAACGACAGGCUUCGGUCGGACAUGUUCGGGGAAUUGCUGCAGGCGGCAAACACCAUCGGUGACCUACGGAACUGUCCGAGCAACUGUGGCCAGAGCAUCAAGAUUCGUCGGGUUCUCCUGAACUGCCCAGAGAUCGUCACCAUUGGCUUUGUGUGGGACGCAGAGCAGUCUGACCUUACAGAGGAUGUGGUUAGGUCACUGGGUCCACAUCUCAACCUCUCGGGGCUGUUCAACCGGGUCACUGAUGAGAACGCCAAAAGGAGUGAGUUACGUCUCGUGGGAAUGAUUUGUUUCUCCAGCAAACAUUACUCUGCGUUCGCUUAUCACACCAAGUCCUCAAAAUGGGUCUUCUUUGAUGACGCCACCGUGAAAGAGAUCGGAUCCAAGUGGAAAGACGUGGCCUCUAAAUGCAUCCGGGGACAUUUCCAGCCACUGCUCCUGUUCUACACUAACCUGGAGGGGACCCCAGUUUCCAGCGAGGACGCGCCCAGGCAAACAACCAUGUGUCCCCGCUUUAAAUCCAACGUCAACGGGGAAGUGCCAGCAGGGAUGAAGAAGCUGGAUGCCGUCCGGGAGAAAGCAGGCCCACUCCGCUCCAAACAGGGGCCCUAUAAGCAGAUGCUACCUCCACCCUCCACCUCAGGCUACAAAAGAGUGAAAGGCCCACCUGCUAGUCCCAACACAUUCCGGGAUCCUUCCAAGGAGACUUCCCAGAGGGUUGUAGAAGGGAUAAAGAAAGAGGCUGAAAGAGGGCAUCGAAAACUAGACCCACACAAAGAUAUGGCCUAUGCCAGAUCCCCUUCUGAGGGCGGACUGAGGCAGCACGCCGACCAGAGGUUGCGAGGCGGGAGUGGUGCCCGGGCUGACAAGUUGUCAUCCUCCCACCAGAACAGAGCUUCCCAGGACCCACGCUCUCAAUCCGGUGCCCCUGGCGGACACAGUUGGAGACAGGAAACCUCCCCUGGUCGCCUAGAACAGGACUGCAGCCAGGAUGCGUGGGAGAAGGGUAGCGGUUCGGGAGCGGGCCGCAACAAAGCCAAGCCCUCCUGGAGGCCCAUCCGGGAAGUUCUGAACGUAGACAGCGUCUUGAAUGACCUUGAACGACGGCAACAACAGCAGCAGCACGGCGGCGGUGGUAGCCCCCGGCUCUCUAAACCCUCCUGUCAGGAGAGGCCUCACGGCAGCGAACGGGACAACCGGGACUGGGAAAAAGAGCGGGAAAGGGAUAAAGAGCGGGAACGGGAGCGUCUCAGGAUAAGGGAAGAGCGCAAGCAGCAGAAGUGCUUGAUGACGAUUUACGAGGACGAGCAGCGGCAGGAGACAGAGAGCCACAGCUCCCUCGAAUCGGAGGGCAGGCCAAGUGGGCACGGAGACCGGGGCGGUGGAGGGGGUGGGAGCAGCGGCGGGGGGAGGGCCAAGGGCGGGCCCAAAGCCCUGUUGCGCAGCGACACCUGGACCAUCCAGAGGACUGAGUCUGGAUACGAGAGCAGCGACCGGCUGAGCAGCGGCUCCACCAACCCUGACUCGCCCGGGGUAGACAGCUUUGCCGGGAAGGAGCAGCGGUUGACACCAGAGGUGCAGUCUCAGAGCAGGGGUCAACUUCACCCAAACAGAUGUGAUUCAAAACCUGAUGCGGUACACUCCUCUUUGCAUCAAGGCAAACAUCAUCUGACAACUCAGGGAAAGAACUGCGACCAUCAAGUUUCACAUCUCCUGAAAAGUAGUCCAAGUUCAAGACGAAAAUGUAGAUACAGCUCCGGCAGUUCUAAGAAAGGAGCUGGUCCAGAGAGGGACGCUAGCUCCUCAGACAACAGGAGCAGUCACAUGAUGGGAUCGCCAGAGAUGAGUAACAACAACAGAGGUGGUCACCAUAGCGAUAGCCCCGCCAUGCGGCGCCUGGGUAAAACCAGCAGCUCGGAGUGGAACAGCUCUGACGACCUGGCUGGAAAUCUCUCGGAACCAGAGGACAGUGCCUACCGCUCCAGCAACAUCAAGCCCCUUCUGUCCGAGUCUCCCUGCCCCUGUCCCCCCCACCACCUGGCCUUCCACCAACCCCCCCAUAUCGAACUAGAAGAGCCCUCAUCUCAACAUCAGCCCUCCAUGCCGCCACUGCCUCACCCUAAAGCCGCCCAGCGAGCCUCCCCUCACCAGGGGGAUGUUGGCCGCCAUUGCUUCCGUCCCAGGCUACUCCAAGAGCCCUCCCAGACCAGCCCCCGGCCCAGCGUCCGGCCCGCACCGGCCUCACAUACCCCCAGCCCCAACCAGAGGUCGGAAUCCAAUGGCCCUCUGCAGAGGCCCUCGUCGGGUGCCAGCUCCAAGUCGGGCUCGGACCCAGAAAGGAGCAACCCGUCGUCGGGCGAAAGCGAAGAGAGGCUCCCCAUCUGCAGGCCACCUGGACCCGAGUCAGCGGUAGCCCAAGGGGUUUCCCUCACCACGUACUUCAGCGUGGACAAUUGCAUGACAGACACGUACAGACUUAAGUACCAUCACCAGCGACCCCUCUUACUCUCAGCUAUCGUGCCCAAAGCACCAACGGAGCCCCGAGAACACCCCAGCCACCACCUGCACCCCGCAAACACACACUCCAUGCUAGACCCACCCAAAACCCGGCCUGAUGCAGGCCAUAACAGCAAUAAGCCCACUGCAAAAUGGAACCCAGUGACAGCCAAAGGACUAGAUGAGCGUGGCUAUUUGUGACGAUAUUACCUGGUCUGAUGUCCAUCUAAAAUAAACUAUUGAACUGGAUGCCAAAGAGUCUGCUGGCUGGAAAAGUGUUGCUCCCAGAACUUCAACUGUAAUCAGUGUCAAAUGUCAAAUCACUGAUGCACUGUGGUUUACUGAAGUACUUAUAUGUAUUUUAAGGUAAGAUACAGUUUGAUAGUCCACUGUCAGAGACAAAAUGUAUCUAUGUUGAUAGAUGAGUUGGAAGUUGGAAAGGGCAGUCCAAGGCAUAAUACAGUCAAAUAUAAUGAUUACCUGUUGAGUAUACACUCUAUACCUUUUGGUUUAAGGUCAUGUGCAUCUCUGAUUGUGUAGCCAACACAAAUUCUGUUUCCGAAUAUAAGCGGCAAAUUCAGCAAUCUCAUAAUACAAACACCAACAUUGUGUUUGUAUUCUUGUUAUCCUGCUAAAUAGACAACUGUAAUAAUGUUAGCCAACCUGCAUUAGCCAACCUGCAUGAGGACUUAUAAAGAGGUAACAAUAGUGAUGUGUACAGUAUGAGCAUGCGCAUGGCAUACUUUACAUUUGUAUCCAACCGACAUCCAAAUUCCAAUUGGUUUAUGUUAUUGAGUCUACUUAAAUGAUAUUUUCACUUUUUUGACCUGCAUCAAUUUUUCCACAUACAGUACCAUGCAAGUACUUUAUAGGCCAGGAGAGACAUCAGAUUUAUUUCAACCACUGCUAACUUGACCAACUUUAGCCACUGCUAACCAAAAAGUAAAAGGAAUGAUAGGGGAAAGCUCACUAUGUUCAGAAUUUGUGGCAAAAUCACCUCUAAGUAACUUCAAUCAAUCAAAUAUCUUUAUAAUGACCUUUUUACAUUAGCAGAUGUCACAAAGUGUGUAUACAGAAACCCAGCCUAAAACCCCAAAGCAAGCAAUGCAGGUGUAGAAGCAAUGUGGCUAGGAAAAACUCCCUAGAAAAGCAGGAACCUAGGAAGAAACAUAGAGAGGAACCAGUCCUCUUCUGACUGUGCCGGGUAGAGAUUAUAAGAUUACAUGGCCAUUAAGGCCAGAUUGUUCUUCAAGAUGUUCAAAUGUUCCAAAGAUGACCAGCAAGGUCAAAUAUUAAUCACAGUGGUUAUAGAGGAUGCUAUAUGUCAGCACCUCAUGAGUAAAUGUCAGUUGGCUUUUCAUGGCCGAGCAUUCAGUGGUCAAGACAGGUCGAGAGAGAGAGAGAGCGUUAAAGAGUGGGUCGAAAGAGCAGUUUCGGAAUAAGGUAGCCGGUCCGGUGAAAAGGUCAGGGUUCCAGGCAGAACAGCAGAAACUGGAUCAGCAGCACAACCAGGUGGACUGGGGACAGGGACAGCCAGGAGUUGUCAGACCAGGUAGUUCUGAGGCAUGGUCCUAGGGCUCAGGUCCUCUGGGAGAGGAGAGAGCAAGAGAGAGAUGGAAGAAUUAGAGGGAGCAUACCUUAGAUCACACAGGACACCAGAUAGGACAGGAGAAUUACACCAGAUAGGACAGACUGACCAUAGCCCCCCGGAACAUAGACUAUUGCAGCAUAGAUACUGGAGACUGAGACGGGGGGUCGGGGGACACUGUGGCCCUGUCCGACGAUACCCCCAGGCGGGGCCAACCAGGCACGAUAUAACCUCACCCACUUUGCCAAAGGACAGCCCCCACACCACUCGGAGGAUAUCAACAGACCACCGACUUACUACCCUGAGACAAGGCGGCGUAUAGCCCACAAAGAUCUCCUCCACCACACGAGCCCAAGGGGGCGCAAAACCGGACAGGAAGGUAACGUUGAGUAUAGCGAAAAAAGCCUAGCACGACGUGAUGCACCUCUCCUAGGGACGGAAUGGGAGAGCACUAGCAAGCCAGUGUAGAGAGGGGAGCCGGCCAGACAGAGACAGCAAGGGUGGUUUAUUACUCCAGUGCCUUGCCGUUCACCUUCACACCAGUGAUUUGAAGGUGUUUGAGUUGAUUUGGUCGCGCAAUUUUGAACAUGGUGAGUUGCCCCUAUCACUCCAAUUGUUAAUAGUGGCAAUUUAAACAAAUCAAACCUGUGGAUGACAGUUUCUUUAGCCCCAUAGACUACUUUCAGAGUAAGUGGAAAAAAUAGAGGUAAGUUUGAAAACAGCAAAAAUAUCCUUUAAGUUGUUAUUAUUUAUUGUAGGGAUUCAAUAUGAUCGCGAGUUAUAGCUAUUGCAGCUUUUAAAGCCAAUGUUCCCACAUUCACGGAGAUCCUAUUCACGGUAAAUGCUGCUAAUGUUGUCUCAAUUGGAAAAUAGCGUAAGUCUGAAAAAAGCAUAGUGUUCUAAGGUGUGGGAUACUAUGCUAGCAUGAUUGUGUCAAUAUGUUUUCAUCAAUGUCUAUAACCUACGAUCGGAUUGAAUCUGGGCCAAAGUGUUGGACACUAUGUAAGCAUGAUUGUGUCAAUACAUUUUUGUCAAUGACACCCAUAGUAUCGCAAUUUAAGGUGCAAUUGAUUUCAAUGUUGGUAAAUCUGAUAGCAAGUUGCCCUCUAGAUGUUUCUGAAUGAAGCCAAACAAAUAUAAUUCACAUUAGAAUUCAUUUUAUACUGUUUUCAUUGGAUAGGUCAGGGGUCAUUUCCCAGUCAAAAACCAGGAAUCAUAACUUCUACCAUAACUUUUUUACAUACAUUUCACAUUGUUAAAGGAAGAAAAGUACUAGGUAAUAACCAAAUGGGAGAUGGCUUCAGUUUUGGUGAUCCAUAAAACCAUUCAGAUCAUUCAGAUCAUUCUAAUGUAUAAAACUUUAAAGGCCCAGUGCAGUCAAAAUUUUUCUGUGUUCUAUAUAUAUUGCCACACUAUGAGGUUGGAAUUAUACUGUGACAUUGUGAUAAUGAUGAAUACCAUUUUAGUGUAAGCUGUUUGAAAAGAGCGUCUGCAAUUUCUGCCUGUUUUGGUGGGAGGGAGUAUUGGCCUUCCCAUGGUGACAUCAACAUGCAGUAAAUUAGUUAAUAGACCAAUAAGAGUGUUCCAAACCUCUCCGAAAUUAACAGCAACAAAAAAAAUCAAAUCACUCCCAGACAGUCCUAGCAAGAUUCUUGCUCGAGAAUUUGCUAUUUCCUAAUAAGAUAUUUUUGUUUCUUUUUUUAAAUUUUAAUUGAAAACAAUCACAGUAAGGUACUUCGUUGUUACCUAGAAAUGAUUUGAUAUUGAGAUAAAAACAGCUCCAUUUAACCUUUAACACUUCACAGUAUAACACUUUGUUGGUGACAGUUUGCUUGAGGAAACUAUCCGUAAUAUUUUAUAUAGGUGGGAUGGUACUUUAUCCAUGGGGAUUUCUGAACACUGCAGCUCAUGAUUUAUGUUGCAAUUUUGCAGCAUUUGGAAAUUGCCUUGGAUCAUGUGUCAUUACAUAUUUAAAAUGUUAUGGUUAGUUUGCUCAUGCAAAGUGCUUCUUUGUUAUAGGAAAAUGUAGCUUGAAAACUUUCCAGAUAUCUCAACUCCAUUGCCUGUUACAAAAAAUUGCAACAGAGCUACAUUGUAGUUUUAUGGUAUUUAAGUCAUCAAUAUCCCUCAUAACUGGGGAUAUGUAUGUAGAUUCAUUAACAAAAUGAUUCAUUUUAAUUGCAAUGUUCCUCUAUCCAUUUGCGAUGUGUGCAAAGAACAGGUAAAGCAAUUACAUGGUUGGGCAGAACCAAAAACAAAACUUCUGAAUCUUGCCCCAUGUCCCAGAAGACCCUGCUACUUUCAGAAAAAAAUCAUUUAAAGGGAUAGUUCACCCAAAUUACAAAAUGACAUGUUGGUCUAUGCAGUCUAUGGACAAGGUGAGACAGCAAUCCAUGCUUUGGUUUUGUUUACCUGGCCACUGUCUCCAAAUGCAAACUUUUUACCAUAUAUGGCACAAAUUCAAUGCAAGUCAAUAUCCCUGAUAUUAGAAUUUUUCACAUUCAUCAGCAUAAAAUGUAGUGCUGCAUCUAUGUGCACAAAUCUUUAAGAGAAAAAAGCUAUUGAAAACUUAGGAUCUUGGCUGUCCUUUUUCAGUUAUCAAAACAAAAUGUAAUCCAAUUGUGAUCUGUCAUUAGAUUUUUGUAAUUUAUUUAAAUGCAUGCUGUUCAAAAUUCACAGUUUUGCCAUUAUGUCUGGUAAAUUUCAUUUUUGUUAUGGUAAAAUAAGUAUUGACAUUUUGGCAUUCAAAUAAUUUGGGGUAAGACUCAACAAACCGGGACACUGACAACAAUGGAUGUCAUAGUAUUUGUUCACUAAUGUUCCUAGGCUGUUGAUAUAUUAAUCCCCUUUAAUCUUUUUGAGCUCAACAUGAAACUGUUCCCAGUUCUCACUGGUAGUGUUUUUAUUUGCUUGUUGUGAAGUUGGUUAUUUCAAUGCUUUACAUAAAAUUAUUCAUGUAAUAUACAGUUUAUUAUUCCUUUAUGUAAGUCUUGCUUCAGCGGAAAGGUUUUAAUUGUUUUUCUCACUGGGUAUUUUUGGGAGUAUAUGGACUUUGUAUAUAUUGCUCUGCUGUUAUAUCUGGAGUGCCUUUGCAUUUUUUCCAUGAGAAAGUUUAACUUGUUCCAUUUGAAAAGAAACAUGUACAGUAUAGCUGACUGUGUACACUUUAUAUUUUUGAAGAUGCCUAUGCAUUUAUUUUUAUUCAUUGUUUAAUAAACUUAAAAUUAUGCAAUCACUAAA